UCCUUUCCGAUAACUCGAUUAUCUUUCCCUGAAUACUCUUCAAGUGGGCAUGCGCAAAAAGCGGAAAUUUACUUCCGGGGACUACACAAACCAGGAAGUAAACAGCAACAAGUGAAAAUGGAAAGUAAAGAUUCAAAACUAAUAAAGAAAACGGGCAGGAAAACCCCUAAGUACUGUUGUAUUUGUAAAGGAAUUUACAGAGGAAAGGUUAUUGAUGGGAGAAAAGUGUCAUUGCACCGUUUUCCUCAGAACAAACGUUUAAAACGUGUGUGGGUGCAGCGAUGUAAAACGGUCAUGAGAUCGUUCCAGUGGAAUGAACACAGACGAUUGUGUAGUGAGCAUUUUGUUGGCUUCAGAGGACCUUCAUUCCAGCAUACACUUCCAUCUAUGUUUCCAACUGAGACUGGUGCUACCAAAACCUUCCAGCCAACGCUCCUUGAUGAAGACGUAGGUGAUGAUGAUGAUGGUGAUACGGUCAAUGACGAUUUAGACCUAGAACUGUCAAAUGAUGAUAGUAUACAGCCACAACUGUCAUUUGUAUCCCCUUCCGGGCAUGCCAUUGAUACCUCUGUCCACCUGCAUGAUUACUGCAUGGGACCAGUACUACAGCCACAGAAUCAGUCCUUUAGAUGUUGUGACACACAGACUGAGAACAACUGUGCAGUGAUGGAAGUACAAACUGAAGAAAGUUUCCUGGGAAAAACAGCAGACUUCAGUUCACAAACAGAACAUUCUACUAGAGACUUUGGUGUACAAUGUCAGCUACCUAUGCUCACAUAUGAUGACGUAAAAUACAAUGACGAUUUGGUCAGUUUUUACACCGGAAUCCCUAAUCGAGUUGUGUUUGAAGCUUUGUUUGAUGAAAUCAAGGAUGAAGCUGAAGUGCGGACAUCAAGGCGGAAACUUAACUAUAAAGAUUCAGAUGGAGGACGGCCAAGAACUCUAAGUGUUCUGGAUGAAUUUUUCAUGGUGCUGAUGCGCCUACGUCUAGGUCUGUUAUUUGAAGAUCCAGGUACUAGGUUUUGCAUAUCCACUUCACAAUGUAGUGACAUUGUUGAAAGAUGGAUCAACUAUUUACAUGUACAAUUAUCCUUUCUUGUUCAAUGGCCAUCUCGUGAGGUAGUGAAAAAUAACAUGCCUGAACAAUUUAAAGAGAAAUAUUCUAACACUAGAAUUAUUAUCGACUGCACUGAAAUUUACAGUGAAACAUCCAGUUCUCUUUCUUUGAAAAGUUUAAUGUACAGUGAUUACAAGUCUCACAUGACUCAUAAGAUUUUGGUGGGUAUAAGCCCAAAUGGUGUUGUAACUUUUGUUUCUGACUGUUGGGUGGGCUGUACCAGUGACAAGAAACUCACAGAAAAAUGUGGACUCUUGGACUUGCUUGAAGAAGGAGACGCCAUAAUGGUUGAUAAGGGUUUCACUAUUACAGACCUUACUACUCCAAGAGGCAUUCAUCUCAUUAUUCCACCAUUUAAACAGAAAGGAAAACAAUUCUCUAAACGUGAGGUUCUCCUUACAAAAGAUAUUGCAAGUUUACGAAUACAUGUUGAAAGGCAAAUGGAGAGAAUCAAGAACUUUCGAAUAUUGCAUGGCAAUAUUCCUAUAACACAGUCAAGGAGAAUUUCUAAAGUGUUCAAAAUAUGCACAUAUUUGACAAAUCUAUGGCCACCACUUGUUCAAUAAUAACUCAUGUGUCAAUGAAAGCGUUUGUAUAUAUCAAGCAUUAGAUUUAGGGAUAAAAACUUGUAUACUUCUAACUAGAACAAUGAAAUUACAAUUUUGUUUUAAAAUCAUUUUUUCGAGCAAGUUAUAUGAUAACAUAUGAGAUUACACAUUUGAUUCAGGUUUGACAAAAAUGGAUAAGGAAAUAUGCUCAUGUGAAUGGAUUUCAAGAUUUGAUUUGAAACAUGUAUGCAUUAACUGAUCAAUUUAUUGAUAUAAUUUUUUGUUUGUGAAACAUCUGCUUUGUAUUUUG